AUGGCGGCGACAACCCAUGAAGAAAUUGAAGAAACUGUUCGGAACCUGCAGGCAAGCAAGCAGAAGCUUCUUAAUAAAGACUCAGAGGAGGAUAGAGUCGGACUUGGGGCCGAAGGUCACUACGAUAGAGACAUCUAUGGAGGUAGCCGCUAUGAAGGUGGAUACGUCACAUCGAUUGCAGUCAAUGAUGAGCCAGAUGAUGAUGACGAUGUCACACAAGUGUAUACAAAAAAGUCCAGCUACACAGCUCCGCUGAAUCUCCUUCAUGAUGCAUCCAAUGAUCAGGACUAUGAUCCCAUGGCCGAGCACAGGAUCCCUAAAAUUGCCGACAGGGAAGAUGCGUACAAGGCUAUCAGGAGGCAGAUGAUCAUCUCUCCCGAGAGAUAUGAUCCUUUUGCUCAAGGAGGAAAAACACCAGACCUCGGACGUAUUGGCAGAACCUACCAGGAUGUCAUGGCUGAGAAGGCACUUACUAAAGAGCAGGCUGCUCUACGGGCACAGAUGCAGGAAAAAGCCAAAGCAGGAGACUUGAGGGUAGUCAAUGGCUCAGAUGCACAGAAGCAAGCUUCCAAACGCAGACGUUGGGAUCAGGCUGGUGGAGAGGAAGGGGUGCCUGCCAAAAAGAAAUCAUCAUCGUGGGAUGCUGCAGAAGCAUCAACACCUUCUAACAGCAGGUGGGAUGAAACACCUGGACGGGCUAAAGGAGCAGAAACACCAGGUGCUACACCCAGUUCCCGAGCAUGGGAUGCAACUCCUGGUCAUGCCACACCAGGCGCAGUCACCCCGGGCAGGGGAGACGACACCCCAGGCCACAAAGCUACACCCAGUGCUAGGAAAAACAGAUGGGACGAAACUCCAAAAACUGAGAGAGAAACACCGGGCCAUGGAAGUGGCUGGGCAGAAACACCUAAAACAGACCGGGGUGGAGAUUUGAUCGAGAGCACACCUACACCAGGUGCCAGUAAGCGACGGUCAAGGUGGGAUGAGACCCCUGCUACCACACCUUCUGCUAUGACCCCAAGUAUGACUCCGGGACAUCUGACACCUGGAGCGACACCUGGUGGAAUGACUCCUCAAGGACUGACACCAGGGGGAGGCACACCCAGCAUGACCCCUAGUGGAGUCACCCCCACUGGUGCGAAAGCCAUGGGUAUGGCCACACCUACACCAGGUCACUUGUUGCACAUGACCCCAGAACAGCGCCAAGCCUGGUCCUGGCAGAAAGAGAUUGACGAACGCAACAGGCCUCUCUCUGAUGAUGACCUGGAGAGCAUGUUUCCACCUGGCUACAAGGUUUUGCCGCCACCAGCUGGGUAUGUUCCCAUCCGCACACCUGCCCGCAAACUGCUCGCCACCCCAACGCCCAUCGCAGGCACACCCAUGGGUUUCCGAAUGCAGACACCAGACAACAAAAGCAGCAAAGAUAUGAUUGUAGACAUGCAGCCUAAAGGCAACCUGCCCAUGAUGAAGCCAGAUGACAUGCAGUACUUUGACAAACUUCUGGUGGAUGUAGAUGAGGACACGCUAUCCCCAGAAGAACAGAAAGACAGGAAGAUCAUGAAGUUGCUUCUGAAAAUCAAGAAUGGAACGCCACCAAUGAGAAAGGCUGCUCUGCGACAGAUCACGGACAAGGCUCGUGAGUUUGGAGCAGGACCUCUGUUUAACCAGAUCCUUCCACUGCUGAUGUCACCCACACUGGAGGACCAGGAGAGGCAUCUCUUGGUCAAGGUCAUUGACAGGAUUCUCUACAAGCUGGACGACCUGGUGCGACCCUAUGUACACAAGAUCUUGGUCGUUAUUGAACCACUGUUGAUUGAUGAAGACUACUAUGCCAGAGUGGAAGGGCGAGAAAUUAUCUCCAACUUGGCAAAGGCUGCAGGUCUUGCUACCAUGAUUGCCACCAUGCGUCCAGACAUUGACAACAUGGACGAGUAUGUCCGUAACACCACCGCUCGUGCUUUUGCUGUGGUAGCCUCAGCCUUGGGCAUCCCAUCCCUGCUGCCCUUCUUAAAGGCCGUCUGCAAGAGCAAGAAGUCCUGGCAGGCCAGGCACACAGGCAUCAAGAUUGUCCAGCAGAUCUCUAUUCUCAUGGGCUGUGCCAUCCUGCCUCAUCUCAAGAGCUUGGUGGAGAUUAUCGAACAUGGGUUGGUGGAUGAGCAGCAGAAGGUGAGAACCAUCACUGCCCUGGCCUUGGCUGCACUAGCAGAAGCUGCCACUCCAUACGGCAUUGAGUCUUUUGACAGUGUUCUCAAGCCCCUCUGGAAGGGUAUCCGUCAACACAGAGGCAAGGGUUUGGCUGCCUUCUUGAAAGCCAUUGGCUACCUGAUUCCGCUGAUGGAUGCUGAGUAUGCUAAUUACUACACAAGGGAAGUCAUGCUGAUUCUUAUUCGUGAGUUCCCCUCUCCUGACGAAGAAAUGAAGAAAAUUGUCUUAAAGGUGGUGAAACAGUGUUGUGCCACAGAUGGUGUGGAAUCACAGUAUAUCAAAGAUGAGAUUUUGCCUCCAUUCUUCAAGAACUUCUGGAACCAGCGAAUGGCACUGGAUAGACGCAACUACAGACAGCUAGUGGAUACUACAGUGGAGAUUGCCAACAAGGUUGGAGCCGCUGAGAUUGUUGGCAGAGUUGUUGAUGACCUCAAGGAUGAGGCUGAGCAGUACCGUAAGAUGGUGAUGGAGACCAUUGAGAAGAUCAUGUCUAACCUGGGAGCUUCAGACAUCGACUCCCGCCUGGAGGAGCAGCUUAUUGACGGCAUCUUGUAUGCUUUCCAGGAGCAGACAACUGAGGAUGUGGUGAUGUUGAAUGGGUUUGGCACUGUUGUCAAUGCUUUGAGUAAGAGAGUCAAGCCCUACCUGCCUCAGAUGUGUGGUACCAUCCUGUGGCGUCUUAACAACAAGUCGGCCAAGGUCAGACAGCAAGCAGCUGACCUCAUUUCUCGCAUUGCCAUCGUCAUGAAAACUUGCCAGGAGGAGAAACUCAUGGGACAUUUAGGUAUUGUGCUGUAUGAGUACCUGGGAGAGGAGUAUCCAGAAGUGCUGGGUUCUAUCCUGGGUGCUCUCAAGGGCAUUGUCAAUGUGAUUGGCAUGAGCAAGAUGACCCCGCCCAUCAAAGACUUGCUGCCCAGGCUGACACCCAUCUUGAAGAACAGACAUGAAAAGGUACAAGAGAACUGCAUCGAUCUGGUUGGCCGUAUCGCUGACCGAGGUCCAGAGUUUGUCUCAGCCAGGGAGUGGAUGAGAAUUUGCUUUGAGCUGCUGGAACUUCUCAAGGCGCACAAGAAAGCCAUUCGUCGAGCAACUGUCAACACCUUUGGUUACAUCGCUAAAGCUAUUGGCCCACACGAUGUGCUAGCCACCCUCUUGAACAACCUCAAAGUCCAGGAACGUCAGAACCGUGUCUGCACAACCGUGGCCAUUGCCAUCGUCGCUGAGACAUGCUCCCCAUUUACGGUUCUGCCAGCUCUCAUGAACGAGUACAGGGUCCCGGAACUCAAUGUCCAGAACGGUGUCCUGAAGUCCUUGUCCUUCAUGUUUGAGUACAUCGGGGAGAUGGGCAAAGACUACAUUUAUCCUGUGGCUCCACUCUUGGAGGAUGCCUUGAUGGACAGAGACCUGGUCCAUCGGCAGACAGCAAUGGCAGCCAUUCAGCACAUGGCUUUAGGUGUGUGUGGGUUUGGCUGUGAGGAUGCCUUGAUCCACCUGCUCAACUAUGUGUGGCCAAACAUCUUUGAGAACUCACCUCAUGUUGUCCAGGCUUUCAUGGGAGCCGUGGAAGGCUUGAGGGUGGCCAUCGGUCCAUCCAAAAUCUUUCAGUACGCCCUGCAGGGCCUGUUCCACCCAGCCAGGAAAGUCCGUGAUGUUUACUGGAAGGUCUACAACACCGUCUACAUCGGGGCUCAGGACGGACUCAUCCCAUCGUACCCACGCAUCCCCAAUGAUGCCAAGAACCAGUAUGUCCGCUAUGAGCUGGACUAUAUGUUGUAG